AUCUGUAAUGUCAGUUCUCGUGAUUUCUACUAGAAUAUGUCACAAUGGGCCACAAAGCACAAACCGGGGCUGUUUUUCCAUGUUACUUUCUCAUUAUUACCCCCGAAACAGAUCUUAUUUUUGUUCCUGUGUUCGGUUAAAGAUGAUCGAGCUGGACCUGGCAGACGGCAGCCUGAUCGACGAGCUGAUGGAGCUGACGGCGCAGAGCCUCGGUCAGCUGGAGAUCCAGGAACGUUUUGACGUCAUCAAGGAGAUCGGCCGAGGGAAAUACGGCAAAGUGCUGCUGGUGACGCAUCGCUUCAGGGGGACUCCCAUGGCCUUGAAAGUGAUGCCCAAAGCCUCGACUAAGCUGCAGGGCUUCCUCCGAGAGUACUGCAUCUCCCUACACCUGUCCCACCACCCCUGCAUCGUGGGCCUCUUCGGCAUCGCCUUCCAGUCGAACGAGCACUACUGCUUCGCCCAGGAGCUCGUCAUUGGACGGGACCUUUUCGCCGUCAUCCAACCAAAGGUGGGCAUCCCAGAGUCUUCUGUAAAACGUUGCGUCCUCCAGAUCUCCAGCGCUCUGGAGUUCAUCCACAGCCACGGUCUGGUCCACCGAGACGUCAAACCUGAGAACAUCUUGCUGCUGGACGCCCACUGCUGCCAGGUGAAGCUGGCGGACUUCGGCCUCGCCCAGAAGAGGGGAACCCUUAUCCGAUUCAUCACGGGAACUUUGCCCUACAUGGCUCCAGAACUGUGCACCGUGGCCCUGCUGGACGGCCAGAAGGAGGUGACGGCCGACCCCCUCAGCGUGGAACCUAGCUUGGACACCUGGGCCUUCGGCGUGGUCAUCUUCUGCAUCCUCACCGGAUACUUCCCCUGGGAGCGCUGCAUGGACUCGGACGACUUCUACCAGGAGUUCGCAGACUGGUGCAGGACGGAGGAGAAGCCUGACGCCGAGGAGAACGUCCCCCCGCUGUGGAAGAGGUUCACUCCAGAAGCUAUGGAGAUGUUUGGGAAGCUGCUGGCUCUGGAUGCCAGAAAGAGGUGCACGGUGGGCGAAGUGAGGGCGUACAUGGAGAAGGACUGGCUGAAGCAGCAGCAGGCAGGAAGUCAGAUGGACAAUCAGCCUGGUACUUAGGGAUAGAUGAGAUUUCUGUACAAUCAGUUUCUGAUGCCUGAAGAGCACUAAAAUAUAUCAUGUAGGCUUUAAAGUGGGCGGCAUCCCAUUUGCAGUGUCAAAGCAUCAAACUAUUUGAUGGAUGCAACAGAUACAAAAGAUGUUGCUCAAACUGGUGGUGGAAGAUGGAAGAACCAACGUCUAAGUAUAGGUAGCUGGGUAGGGACACUACUAUUCAAAACUUUGGGGUCACCCAGGCAAUUUAAUGCUUUCCACAUUUUAACAGUCUGAAGUUCAGAAAUAAGGGAUGCGUUUAUGAGUCAUCCACUAUUAUUAUGAUUAAAAUUAAGAAACAAAUGCAGACAAAACAUGAAAAUAUGUAUGAACAGCAAUUUUAGCAAAAUGUUUGGACUCUCACUUGUGAUGGAUUUUGACUUUUUCUAGAAAAUGUUCAGAUUUUGUGGACAUUUGAGUCUCGUUUCUGAUCUUCUUUUUUGUCUUUUGCUCCAGACAGCAUUAAAUUCAAACUUUUAAGGUUUUAAUUUUGAUUUUAAUCUCAUAGACAGCCCAAGCUUUCUUGCUUCUUGUUCUUUGAGUUGUUUUAUUUAGCACUUCGAAAACUGUUGGAUUUGUUUCCAGCUUCUUCUGCUCUCGUUUAUUACAGCCAUGUAGUAGACAUCGCCACCUUCUGGUGACACUUUGCAGCCUUUUUCCAAAGUACUUAAUGGAAGAAUUUAGAAUUUAAUUUUUUUAAGUGGCAAAAAAAUGUUGCCACUUAAAUGGAAACUCUGCUAAAGUACCACUUAAAGUAUUGUCCAAAAUGUACUGAAAGUUAUUAUGCUACUGACAUAAUGUUGUGUAUUGUAUUAACAGAUAAAUACUGAUGGGUUAAUAUGUCGUGGGCACUAUUUUACUGUUUUCUUUUUUACUGUAAUUUCUCAAAAUGAAGAUGAGAUGAGAUGAGAUUUUUUCAGUCUUCCUUUAUUUUACUUGUUAUAAAUGCCUUUUUGCUAUGAGAAGUUUAAUUAACAUGUAAUACAUGAUUGUAAAUCCCCAUAUAUUGUGCUGGAAUUUCAGAUUUCUGAAGCAAGUUUAGAUUUAAAAACUUUAUUAUAAGUCUGUAAAACUUCAAUGUCUGUAAAAAUGAUAUGUCUGUAUGUUGUAUAUUAAGACUAUAGCUUGUCUAUGUA